UUUGGUAAAGGGUUUUAGGUUCUCCUCCCUCGUUCAAUUUCAAAGUCUCAGUAGAUAGAAGACCUGCAUCGACCCCUCCUCUUUCCUCUAUUCUUUCUUCCUUCAAAUCUCUUUUUCACUUGUGAUUAGAACCUUAAGUCUUCUUUAAGAAAUGGCAGAUCCACCUCGUCCUGUUCGAAAAUUUCAUCGUCAUCAUAAUCAGAUUGCAUUGUUAAACGAAAACGUUCGUGGUGGAGCCGAAUAUUCUGAUAUUAUACAUUUUCUUUGAAAUUCAAGAAUUUGUUUCGCGAUUUCAGAAAAUAUUCACCAAGUACAAGAGUAUGUUGAAGAUUUUUGGCGUACGGCUCAGAUUGUUGAUGAUUCUAUCGAAGCUACUAUUCAUGGAAAGCCGUUAUUCGUGCGGCUUUGCGGUUUGGUGACUUAGAUUAUGGAAACACGUGUUAUGUAAAGCAAAUUCGUGAACGUGGGGCUAGAUCUUUCGGUUACGUGGGUUGUUUUACCAGGAAGGAGAUCGCCAAAGGAUUGAUUCUUGGGCAGUGGAGAUAUUUCUUUCAUGUAAUGAUGCAGUGCUUAGCUCCACGAAAAUCGGGAAUGGAUGGCAUGGCUCAUGAUCUUCUUUCGGCAAUGAUUGGGUUAACUUACAACCAGCCAUACAGCUUCUCACUGAUGAUUUUCCAAGCUUACAAACAUCAAAUUGGCCUGAAAGAAAAUGAUAAGCGAUUGAUGAUUUUGUAUCCUCGUUUUCAUUCGCUUAUUAUUCGACACUUGUUGCCAAAUCUUUCGUUCGAUGUAUCUCUACCUGCGUACGCUCAAGCGCCCAUGCAUACUCGUAUUUUUACCGAUUGUGCCAAGGUUAAUGUGUCCAAAAGGACUGAUGCUCGUCCUGUUACGACUCCUUUGCAUGGUGCAAUUGUUCAAGAGAACUACAAUCUGGAAAAUGAUCCAAUUUGGAUAAACAUUCGGAAUGGUGUUGAUCAAAUCUUUAGUGGAGGAAUGCAAACAGUUGAGGCUAAUGUUCAUGAACCCGUGGCUGUUCAACCUCUGGUUGAUCUUCAACAACCACCGGUUAAUACUCUACAACCUGAACCCAUUGAAGAACCAGCUGUUGAUGAAUCAAUUGUUGAUGUUUCUGUUCAGGAAAAUGUUUUUGUUCAUACUCCAGUUUCUACGUCUUCGGCAACGGGAGUUGCUGUAGAAACUGAUGAGGUGAUCCUAGAGCUUGAUGCGGCUCUAGAAGCGGGUCCGUCUUCCCGUGCAGUUGAUAAACGGAAGCGUCCUAUCGAAGAAGUUUAUGUGGAUGAGUCGGUUAAUGAUAUGCUAACUGAAAAGCAAUACCUCCUGUUAGUUAUGAAGAACCUUCAAAAUCGUAUCACACCUUCUGAAAGGGAAAAACUUGAUUUAUUUCGCGCAAAGGUUGCUUCUUUCGGUCCCUCUUCCAACUGGUGUAUACGCUUAGUGAGUUGGAAUGAUAGAGCGAACGAUUUGGAUUCAAUCGCUUUUAGUUCUUCUUCUUCUGAUGAUGAGGAUGAAGACCGUCGUCGUCCCGAUACUGAUACUGUCCGUGUGUCAGCUCCUCUCAAGACGUAUAAGCGACGACGGGUUACUGUUUCGGAUUUUCAGUCUUCGACUCCGAUAGUUGCUUCAGUUAUGGUUACAUCAAGCGCUGCUCCAUCAGAUUCCAGAGGUCUCCUAAGAUUGGAGUUAUCUAUCGCUCUUCCGUCACUGUCUUCUUCACUUCCGUUCACAUCCUUUGUGGAAGCUACCAGCAUGAUUACUUCUGUUCAUCCGUUAACGCCGAUGAUGUCUUCUUAGAUUCCUACAGUACCGCUUUUUGGGUUGUUAUCUUCUCCAAUGGGUACGGGCAAUUUGUUUGCCUUAUCAGGAAGUUCUUCCUUGCCACCGCGGCCUAGUGCUUUCACCGAUAUGCGAGCGCCAAAGACACGGAAAGUCCGUCCGAAGGUUGCUUUCGGUCCAAGUCCGCCAGUGCGAUCGAAGAAAGGAUCUCAGAGACCUCCAAUUUUUCCGUCUUCAGGUCCUAGGCCAUCCGGUGCACAACCGUCUGGUUCUAGACCUGCUGCUCCUAGACCUUCGACAGCUUCUGCCUCGAGACCGUCAAGUUCUGGUCAAGAGCAGAAUUUUCAAGAGUUUGUUCGUGGAAAAUUUCAGGAUGCUGCUAAGGUCAUGGUACAACAUAAGAAUCAGAUCGCGAAGCAGCAGAAAGAAAUUGUUUACUUGAAGAAAAAGGAUGUGGUUCGAGAUCAGCAGAUGACGCAGCUCUUUCGUCUAACCAAAGACCAAAUUAUUCAGUUGGGAAAGUUCAUAACGCAAGAUGCCACGACUUCAGCCCGACAGAAGACUUUGGCUAGGACAACAGAUCGGCUUCUCGGUAUUGUGACGGAUCUCGUGUCACUCCUUGCUGCUCAGGGGGAGAAUUUGGAUUUUCAGAUUCAGGAUCAAUGUAAGAUAGAUGAGCUAAAGAAAAUCAGAGAUGAUCUCGACAAGGACAAGGACAAGGAUCCCAAUGCAGCGAAGCAGGGGGAGCAGUCAAGGAGCGCACGUGCUCCUGAAGCUAAAACCUCGGCUCAAGUUGAGGGGGAGUCCUCGGGUGCAGCCGCAGGGGGAGAUAAAGGUCCUGUGGAUGCUGAUACAGGUGCCUUAUCUGAUUCUAAAUUGGAUCCUGCUGUUUAUUUGGUUUUAGGAGAUGGUGAAGUGGUUGAGGAACUGGUUGAAGACUGGCGAACUGAUGACGAACUAGCUGGUAAGUUCGAAUUCAUUGAGACUGCGCAUGGGAAUAGGAUCGAGUACGAGUCCCUACCGGUUAACAGUGAUGAUAUUAGAAGCUUUGUGUUUGGAAGUGAAAUGCCUAAAUAAAUCUAUAAUCCUAUUCGAGUUCCCGAGGAAGUUAGUUUAGCAGCUUGCAAAUGGUUUAAACCUCUUCCCAACGAAACUCAAAGGAAUAGGUAUAUGAACGCAAAAGGUGAGUAUUCGGGUCAAAUUCGAAGUUGGGACUUUGAUGAACAACACAGCUUGGUGAUGAUCAAAAGGACCGAUGGGGUACAGUAUUUUAGGCCAAGGGCCAAGUUCCUUCAGACUCUUCUAGCUCGUGAUCUCCAUCACAUUACUCAGCUGAAUCUCAACAACGAUACGAAUGUUGCUAGCAUCAGAUGAUUAAUUCCUCAUCUCGUUGCUGAGAGUCGAGCAAAUAAAUGGAAGACUUUCAAGCCAGCAAUUAGUCGGGGAGUUAAGUAUCUCAAUAAGUUUACCGGCAAGGAAGAAUGGAAGAUGGUCUAUCCUCCAGCGAGAUGCCUCCGUAAAAUCCCUAUGCGCAAAUUUGAUCUCUAUAAAUUUGACAGCUUAGGUUAUUGGUAUCUCAAUGGCAAGACUGGGGAAGCGGUGAUUACCAAGAAGAAAGUGACUGACGAGAUUGCAAAAAUUCUGGAUCCGAUUUGGCUUGUCAACCUAAGGGAAGGACAUCUGAAGAAGCUUCGACACCUGCCUCUGAAAUACUUUAAAGAAGAUCGUGAGCUAGCUGAUCAGUUCUUCAAGGUAGUUCAAUUCUGUGUGAAGAACAAGGUAUGGGCAGGAAGCAAGUACUCGAAGCAAGGAUGAAGAAUUCAAGACCACAUGAAGACCAUGCACUGAUCAAGGGGGAGUUUGUUGAUGCACUUUGGGUGUUAAGUGCAUGCCUUCCAAUUGUUAGGGUCUUUAUUGUACAUGUCUUGAAACUUAGUCCAAGGUUUAUCCUUGGAAAAUUUGUCCAAGUUUUUGUCUUGAAACUUAGUCCAAGGUUUAUCCUUGGACAAUUUUGUCCAAGUUUUUGUCUAGACUUUUGUCAGGGGUUUGUGUUUAGGCAAAAGUCAGGGUUUUAGUGUAGUUUGUUUUGUCCGGGCUUCUAGUAUGUCUUGGAGUCCGUGGUUUGUCUUGUAUAUAUACCUUUAUGUGGAAUAGACAAGAUGGCGAUUCUUUGUGAAA